GGUUUCUGGAUCCCUCUAGAAUAUCUGAGAAAGUGCUCCUUCUCCUCUACUUAGAGCUCUCUGCUAAAAUUUUAAAAGCUUCGCGAGCACCUCUUCAAUCUCCGAUCUUGCUGGAAGCUUCGUUCGCCUCUUGUCAAAAGAAAAACAUGGCGGGAUACGACUGUGUGCCGACGAGGAUGAAGAGGAAGGAGAUUGACCGAGUGAACGACGACUUCUCCGAUUUUUCCCUCUCUUCUCCCGCCUCAAAGAUUCGCCGACUCGAUUUGGAUUUACCACCGAUUAUGGAGGAAGAGGUGGUUGUUAUGGAGGAACACGAUCAUAUCCAGUCUUCUCCACAGAACGAAGAGAGAGCGAUUGUGCUCUUCAAGCCUCCUCCUCAACACCACCACCAGCCUCACCUCUUUGUUGAUAGAAGCUUGAUCUCAGGGUUGAAGAAUAGAUUUCUUCAUGAUGUAGCAGUAGCUGAUGAAGAAGAUUACAAAGCUAACAAGGAACAAGCUGUUGUUCCCUGGAACCCUUCUCAUUUCCAGUUUUUGGAAUCCAAAGGAACCUUCCAGGAACGCACCAAGCCAGAGAUUGUCGAGUUAGAUGGUGACGAUACUAUGAUGGAAGAAGCAGACAUGGAUGUGGAAGAAAAAGAAAACAGCAGCGUCAGUAGUAGUACUAGUGUCUCUCUGCCUGAGUGGCAGCAGCCGCAGCAGCAGCAGGUUCAUCACUGUAUGACACCGCAGCUUCCCCAAACGAACUCUACUCCGAUCCCUUGGUUCCGAUGACUUAUAUUUGUAAUCAUAGAAGCUAUAUUUCUCAUCAGUAGUUCCCUAGCUGUGUAUUUCACUCUUUUGCUAGGUGUUUCAAUGUGAUCUUCUUCUCGGAUUGAAUGCAAGUCACUGUGUUUAGUAAGAGUAGUGAACUUCAAUGAGUAAGCGAGCCUUUUGUUCAA